UACCCCCGAACCACGCAGCUGCCUGGCUCUUGUGCUCACCAUGUCUGGCUCCUCCAGUGUCGCCGCCAUGAAGAAAGUGGUUCAGCAGCUCCGGCUGGAGGCCGGGCUCAACCGCGUGAAAGUUUCCCAGGAAGCUGCAGACUUGAAACAAUUCUGUCUGCAGAAUGCUCAGCAUGAACCUCUGCUGACUGGAGUAUCUUCAAGUACAAAUCCCUUGAGACCCCAGAAAGUCUGCUCCUUUUUGUAGCAAAAGGAGUCUUUCAAAGGUUUCCCAAACCACUUCUUACGAACCAGUGAAUAUUCAAGAGAGCGAAAUUUGAAGCCUGUACAAAAGCUCAUCCCUGCAACUCACAUGCCAUAAUACACAAACUUCUACUUUUGUCAGUCUUUAACAUCUACCUCUCUAAAUUUUCAUGAAUUUCUAUUUCACAAGAGUUACUAUUUUAUAUACACUGGUAGCAGCAUACAAUAAAAUACUUACUAUAAA